AUUUUCUUCUACAUUUUGUCCUAACGGUGUGAAAACUUUUAUACAUUUACAUUUUACUUUUACAGCAUUUUGCAGAAGCAGUUAUCCAUUGUAAUGUACAGGAAUGCAAAAACAUAUCUUCAUGCUAUUUUUCUAGGUCAGGUACUAUGAGUACCAUCCAGAGAGGUUAGUACAGCAUUAAAAGAACACACACGUCAAGGGGAUUAAAAAAGAUUAAAUGUGUAAUAAUUCAACUGAUGAAAUGAUAACGCUUUAGUCUUUAGUCUUAACUCUGUGCCAGUGUUAUGUUAUAAAUAUUUUUUACUUUUGUGCCAUUGUGAAAUAAAGCAAUUAUAUUUAGAAAAAUAAUAUAAUUAAGGUGUAAUAAAAAUAGUAAGUAAGAAAGUAUAUCUAACAGAUGUACAAUGAUAUGUGCUGAAAUCUGAUUUAGUGAAUUGACACAUUGAGCAUUAAGCAUAUUUCUCUAACAAUAAAGCAGUGUGCAAAAUUAUUUCCCAGGUUUUCUUCCUUGCUAUGAGAUGUCAUUAUCUGUAGACAAUACUAAUGAUGAAUUUUUGCUGCUACUUUUAAGACUGCUAAAAUAGCUGUGUGCUGGAGGGCCACUGUGGUGAUUCUGCUCCUGAGUCAUCACAACUUUAUCCAGAGAAAAAGCCAAACAUUGUAUCAUCACUCCUCUUUUGAUCUAUUUGCAUUUUCCCUCACAUGCUGACAAAAUUGGACUCCACAGAGUCUUUCCGCCCAGCAUAGAAGCUGCAUAUCACUUAUUCUUUUCUCUUAAUCCCGUCAUUUGUUCCUUUCUCCCUCUGCCUCACCCGUUUUUGUGUUGUGCAAGAGGAACAGUGGUGCUUAUUGUGCCACGAGCAGCAUUGGGGAUCGGUUUAUGAAUGGCCUCAUGGGUAGAACAAUGCUCUGUACACUGCAGCCCUGACAUCUCCAUCUAGCAUAGAGGGAGUGGAGAGAGUGUUGGGGCAAGGUACAGGGGGAGGAGAGAUGGAAUGAACUUGACUCCAGGUUGGGUGGUACAAGGGGGUGUGAGAGGGUGAGUGUGUAUCAGGGUACGGCUGCUCUCUCUGCUGAUUAAUGCUUGCUAUUUGAUCAGAAGAGGAGGCCUGGAGUGAUUAGGUGGAGAUUUCCAAGAGAAGCAAAGCAGUGGAGCUUUCGGAGAGCCAGAGCAGGAAGAAUUGAGCUUUAGCCUUCAGAAGGCCAGAGAAGAGCAGCGAACUGGAGCUGGUAUGAGGUUAAUGGUCCUGAGUUGAACCGACACUAUGAAGUCCUUGGAACUGCUGCUGCCUUUACUGCUACUUGUACGAGAUAUACAUGCUCAAUGGACUGUUUGGAUGCCCAGGGACAUCUCAGCCAUGACUAACUCCUGUGUGGUAAUCCCAUGCACAUUCAUAUACCCCUCAGGAGUCAGGCCAUACAGGGGCACCCAUGGAAUCUGGUAUUUUGGCCAGCCCUAUCCACAACUCUUCCCUCCAGUGGUUUUCAAGUCUCGCACAGACAUUGUGCAUGAAAGCUACAAAGGCCGUACCAAGCUCCUGGGUGACCUGUCGCAGAAGAACUGCACGCUGCAAAUCAGCAACCUUGGAGUUGAGCAUGCAGGGAGGUACUACUUCAGAGCCGAUCUAGGAGGAGCAAACAUCUAUACCUACCCAGAUUUCACUGAGCUCAAGGUGUUGGACCAGCCCAACAUUGACAUCCCAGAAGAAAUAGUCAGUGAUGAGAGCUUGGACUUGACUUGCUAUGCUCCAGACAACUGUCCCGACAUGACUCCUGAGAUCCACUGGAUGUACACAGACUAUCUCCCUGAUACUCUUUUUACAUCAGACUAUCUGGAGGAAAGCAACACAGCAGUGAUGUCUAGCACACUUACUUUCACACCCAAAGCUAUGCACAAUGGUCAACUGGUGGGCUGCAGAGUCCAGUACCCCAACACCACUUUUGUCUACGAGCGUCUCAUCUCCCUGGACGUCAAGUAUGCCCCUCGCAAAGUGUGGGUAAAUGUCUCUCAGGAGGUCAUGGAGGGAAGCUCUGUAGUACUUCACUGUGAUGUGGACAGCAACCCUAUGCCACGGAUUUCAUGGUUCUUUGGGGAUGAAGAGCUGAUGUCGGAAACUGCCUCAAAUGCUUCUCUUUAUCUGGACUCCCUGACUGCAGAUCAGGAAGGUUUAUACACCUGUGUAGGGGACAAUGGCUAUGGGACAAUGAACACCUCCUUGUACUUGGCUGUCAGAUAUCCCCCAAGAGAGCCAUUGGUGAAUGCCUCUCUGGUGGUGAUGGAGGACUCCUCUCUGGCUCUCCAUUGCAGCACUCAGGGCAAUCCUGCCCCUACACUUACCUGGCUGAAGGAUGGAGAGCUGGUGGGAACCAUAAAAGCUGGAGAGCUGUCCAUACUCGAGCUUACAGAUAUCAACCCACAGGCCGAUGGCACAUACCGCUGCCUGGCGGAGAAUGAACAUGGCCGGGCCAGCAGUUCUCUAAACGUCACCGUGGAGUUUGCUCCCAUUUUCCUGGAUGAUUCCAAGUGCACCAUAGUGCGAGAGGGUGUGCAGUGUGUCUGCAUAGCCUCAGGCAAUCCUGAGCCAUCCAUAGUAUUCUACCUACCUGACCACAAUAUCACCAUUAAUGAGACAAAUAACCGUUUCAACUUCUACACACAUUCGGAUGGCUAUACGUCAACCGGCAUGAUCAAACUGAGGGAGAAGGGUGACCGUGAGAACAACGAAGACAUGGCUGUUCAUGUACACUGCAGCAUCUCUAACACUUAUGGUUCUCAGUCUAUCCGGCUGGAGCUGCAGCAAGAGAAAAAAUACCUGAUGGCUGUGAUAGUGGGAACCAUUGGAGGAGUGGCAGUUAUUGCUUUUAUCAUUGCAGCUGUAAGAUAUGUGGGACAAAACAACAAAAAAGAGAAUGGCAACCCUGGGCAGGACGUGGGCUCUAGAGUGGAGAAUCCCUCCAUGUACUACAGCGCAGUCAAGAAGGACAAACAAAGUCUCAGGAAAAAAGUGCUUAAGACUGAGCUGCUGGGCUCUAAGUUUAAUUCCAUCCUAGAAGAGAGCACGGGAGAAGACAGCGAUUACCAGCAUGUUGGCUCAACUGCAGGCAUGGAGAGGCAAGAGCUGAACUUUCUCAGGCGACCUCGAGAGGGAGGACUGGGGAGGGGGGAUGAUACCACUGACUACACAGAGAUCAAAGCCAAAUGAAUCGCGAUCCUUCCCUGAAGCCUCGACCGAAAGGGAUACAGUGGCCUCUAGUUCCCAACAAAUUCCUUUGCCCAGUUUGCUUUAGUCUAUACCAGUUAACUUGCCCAAAUUUACCAAAUCUAUAAUUCUUUUGGCUGGGGCCAAUAUUUUAAUCUAUUUUACUGUGAUGUUUCUGAACAGAAGAUUUUCUGAUUUAGACGUAGGGUCUAAACAGGCUUUGCAAGGGGUGUCCUAAAUCAUUCACAGGAUUAUAUUAAUGUUACUAUGAUAAGUACUUGUCGAAAAAAAAUGGGCCUUGGUUGUAUCCCAGAUCUCUUUCACUAGUGGUCAUUCACACUGUGUCCGCAGCAAGCCGAAGCAUCAGGGAACGAGACAUGCAGCAUGUCUCGAUGUUCAAGCACUAUCUCCAAUUGUGGGUUUUGCAGGUAGAAUGUUUUCUCAAAUCCAGAGGAUCUCUUAGCCACUUUCAAAGGGUACCAUGAUAAGUGCUCAGUGAAGUAUGCAUUCUGUAUUUCAAAUGACGUGCCCUAAAGUGAUUGUUAGUGUGUCUUUGAGUUUGUGUGACUCUGCAAAGUAAGGAUAAGGAUAUUGUUUACCCAAUGAAUUUCUUUGAAGUGGCUAAAGGAAUGGCUGACUAAUUAUUGGUCAUUUUUUCUGUACAUCUCAGAGUGAUAAUGAUGAUGAUGUUUAGAGCAAAUAGAUACUUCUGUAGUCCAUUUUCCCUGUCAAAUGUUACAUAAAAACUUCAGAGGUGAUUAGUGGACUUAUUUGCCUUUGAAAAGUAAAAUUGAUUCAAGGCACAGUAUUCCUUGAGGAAAAUAAUAGCAAUGGAUUUUCAGUGCUAUUGCAAUGUGAAGCACUGUUUUCAAGAGGAAAUGGUGUCAUGGGUCAAUGAACUUGCUUUUCUACACAUUUAAGACACAGGGCAAAAGGAGUGGACUUCUACAUCCCUCUUCCUUAUAGUCCAUUUCUUGCCUAUAUAUAAUUGUGUUUUGUUUUGUUUCAACUAAGCUCCACUGUAUUAUUAUUAUUUUUUUUUUUUACAAACUCUUCACUCUAAGGGUAAAUUCAGAAUAUCAUCCAACCAAAUGAAGAUAGCAGAAUGCAAUCCAGCACAGCCAAAUACAUAUUCAAAGCAAAGAGGAAGUUAUGUCAGAUCUGUUAAAAUGAAUAUACAACAGCGUCAUAUUCAAAACUAUCAAUUUACCCAGGGGUGCUUUAAUGAAAUGUACUAUUUAUUAUCCUUAAAACAUCCUCUAUUGAGGUUAUAUCGAAUUCAUCAAUAUGUACAAUGUAUGUACAUAUCUCAAAUCUUAACUUAUGCAACGUGAUUUUACUAAAUAUUUAACACAUAAAAUCACUUACCUUACAUUUGUAAAGAAUUCAUGAAAAGCACCAAUAUGAAGGGAUAUGAAAUAUGUAAAUAUGCAUCUAUUCUCUGUUGUGAAUCCUUUAAAACCCAAUAGAAGGGAUCUUUUUUUUUGGAUUUGCAACACAGAAAUAUAAAACAGGCAAUUAAUAACAGAUUUAUUUAUAAAAAUGCAUAUAUUUACGAGAGCAUUUUGGUAGUCCAGUCUAAUUAUUCACUUUAUGUAUUGUAAAGAGUAUUUGUAAGCAUUUGACUGUGUGAUAAUAAUAACAAUGAAUUUUUGUUUUCUUAUUUAUGUAAUAAUUUAGACAGGGACUUUGCAACCCUUGGACAAAACAACAUUGUUCAGAGCUAAUCGUGCAUUUGAUUUUUUUUUUGUUUUUUGUUAAAAAUUUUCACCUUCAAUGCCAUGUUUGAAGCAAACAAAUAAAGUAAACAAGAUGGGGAAAAACACA